AUUCACAUUUUAUUUAGUAUCUUUAAUUAAAUCCACUGUAACACUAACACACACACACACACUACACACAGUUUAGAUCUGUGAAUCUGCUCGCGAUGAAGGGGAUUGGCAGCGGCGGAGGAGCUUCCGAUCUCUGCAAAUCCGCCACCCUCGUUAAAAUCACGGGAUUCCUACUUAUUUCCGUCGUUUUCUUCUACUUAGGCAAGCAUUUCUCCGAUGGCUCCUCUCAGCAACUCGUGUUCUUCUCCACUCAACAGAACUCGGAAUCUCCACCUUCGUCGGCCACCGUCGCUCUCUCUCCCAAUCUUAAUAAAACCUUCGAUAUCUCUUCCCUCGUAAAUGACACCGCCUCACCCCCGCCGCAACAGGAUAUACGGGGUGAAACGGAAGAAGCCCUAAAUCCUCCGCCUCCGACUCCACCCCCGCCGCCACCUCCGCCGGCGUUGCAGAGAAUGGGGGUGGUGGACGAGAACGGGAGGAUGACGGAUGAUUUUGAGGUGGGGGAGUUUGAUCCUGAAUUGGUGGAGAAUUGGUCGAAAUCGAACGAGAGUGAGGGUUUGGAGAGUGAUGGGAAGGGGGAUAAUGCCAGGGUUAGGGUUAAGAAGUUUCGAUUGUGCCCGGAGAGCAUGAGGGAGUAUAUACCGUGUUUGGACAACGAGGAGGCGAUUAAGAACUUGAAUUCGACCGAGAAAGGAGAGAAAUUCGAGCGGCAUUGUCCUGAAAUUGGGAAGGGUUUGAAUUGUUUGAUCCCUGCUCCUAAAGGUUACAAAACACCGAUUCCCUGGCCUAGAAGUCGCGAUGAGGUAUGGUUUAGCAAUGUACCUCAUGCUCGUCUGGCGGAGGAUAAAGGAGGUCAGAAUUGGAUCACCAUUGACAAGGACAAGUUCAAGUUCCCUGGAGGUGGAACACAGUUCAUUCACGGGGCCGAUAAGUAUUUGGAUCAGAUUGAACAGAUGCUCCCUGAAAUUGCGUUUGGCCGACAUACGCGAGUUGCUCUGGAUAUUGGUUGUGGCGUUGCCAGUUUUGGUGCUUAUUUACUGUCGCGGAAUGUCAUCACCCUUUCUGUAGCCCCGAAAGAUGUUCAUGAGAACCAGAUCCAAUUUGCACUUGAGCGUGGUGUGCCUGCAAUGGUAGCAGCAUUUGCCACGAAGCGUUUACUUUAUCCAAGUCAAGCAUUUGAUCUGAUACAUUGUUCAAGGUGUAGAAUCAACUGGACUCGAGAUGAUGGAAUUUUGCUACUCGAGGUCAACAGAAUGCUCCGGGCAGGAGGAUAUUUUGCUUGGGCAGCACAGCCUGUUUAUAAACAUGAAGCUGCCCUUGAAGAACAAUGGGAAGAAAUGGUCAACCUUACUAGUCGGCUUUGUUGGACACUUGUGAAGAAAGAGGGGUACAUUGCAAUUUGGCAGAAGCCCUCUAACAACAGCUGCUAUUUUAGCCGUGAGGAAGGGACCCAACCACCUUUAUGUGAACCUGAUGAUGAUCCAGAUAAUGUUUGGUAUGUCGAUAUGAAGGCAUGUAUAGCACGUCUGCCCGAGGAAGGAUAUGGGUCAAACGUUACAGCCUGGCCAGAACGCCUGCAGAAUCCUCCGGAUAGGCUUCAGAGCAUACAAAUCGACGCCUACAUAUCAAGGAAAGAGCUUUUCAGGGCAGAAUCAAGAUACUGGAAAGAAAUAAUCGAGGGCUAUGUACGGGCAUUACAUUGGAGUAAGUUCAAACUUAGAAACGUAUUGGACAUGAAAGCAGGCUUUGGCGGUUUUGCAGCAGCGCUGAUUGAAAACUCGUUGGAUUGCUGGGUGCUGAAUGUUGUUCCUGUUAGUGGGCCCAAUACAUUGCCUGUCAUAUAUGACCGUGGUCUUAUAGGAGUUGCCCACGACUGGUGCGAGCCGUUUGAUACAUACCCUAGGACCUAUGACUUAAUUCACGCUGCUGGACUUUUCUCAGUCGAACGAAAAAGGUGCAAUAUCUCUACAAUAAUGUUGGAGAUGGAUCGAAUGUUGAGGCCAGGUGGACAUGUAUAUAUACGCGACACUCUAGCUAUAAUGGACGAGCUUCAAGAAACUGGUACAGCACUGGGGUGGCAUGUUUCUUUGAGGGACACAUCUGAAGGACCUCAUGCCAGCUAUAGGAUCUUGACAUGCGAUAAGCGCCUUCUCCGGGCAUGAAACCGAUGAUUGAUUUGACGAGAGGUAUUCUUCGCGCUUUGUACAUGCUGAGUGACUAAUCUGAGGUGUUAGAAAAAAUUAACAGGUAUUUUGUGGGCGACAUUUGUUUCUUCAGUGUAGAUAAGUUACUAGAUCGAAAGAUUUGUUUUCUUUACGGUGAAAAAUGGAAGAAGAUGAUUUGAUUUCUGGAAGAUGGGUGAAAUAGUCGAUAUUGUAACAUAUGAAAGGUAAAAGCCCUGAACAUGUUUGGUGAUUUUUAAAUUUGACAGACUUCUUUUAAUAUUAUUUAUUAAAAUUCCCGUGCGUUUGAUUUU